AUGGUAUUGGCGGAAACUGUUAUUGAUAUUGAAGAGAAUAGGAAACCCCUCAUUGGCAUCGAUACAAACAAUAGAACAAUAUCUUCUGGAUCUAUAAGAGUUAGACUUAACUCAAAAGAAAUAGAGAGGAUUUCUGACAAUAAUUACACUAUUAGUGUACCGGCCACAGACAAAGAAAAUGAACUACCAUACCAAGAUCUGAAGGAUGAGGAAGAACUGAUAAAAUCGAAAAGCAAAUAUUCAAUUAACCAUACUGUUUCAAUCAAAGAGAAAAAUGGGGAAAACGUAGAUCUCAAUUUCUCAGAUGAUAUAUCCAAGCUUUGCAUGUCAUCACCAGGCAGUGACGUCAUUGCACCGGCCCUUCUGUUCUACAGGGAAAGUUCCACUUCUUACAUUCAACAAUCAGUUAUUCCAGUAACCGGUUCAGAUGUAUGCAAGUAUUUGGAAACAGAACCAUUUCAAAGGGAUGAUUCUGAAAACCUCACAAGAAAUCUCUUUUGUGGAUCGCUCUAUGCUGACAUACCAAUACCAAGCUCGUGGACUGAUAACGUAAAAACAAUGAGUAACAAGGGAGACAGAUCAAGAGAUGAUAAAGCAAUUAAAGCAUUUCAGUACGAUGCUUUAGAGAACACAUGCAUAAGCUGGAAAUCUGAAGGAACCGAAAAGAUACUAGCGGAAAGAGGGUUUAUAGACCAUACUGUUUCCAAUAAGUAUGAGUCGUCAUUGGGGCAAUAUUCAGAAACUGGAAAUGAAUACUCUUCAACAAGAACCAGUUUUAGAGACACGGACAAGUACUCAAACCUUCAGAUAGAUGAAUAUCAAAUUCCAUAUUUCGAUUUACAAAAGGAAAUUGACACAGUGUUCAGCUGUUUGGACGAAGGAAAAAGAAAGACAAAAGGAAAUUUGUACAAAAAAGAAGGAGAAAAGAGUAUAAAAGCAAUAGAUCAAAAGAAUACUCUGCUCAAAAAACCUUUAAAUGGUAUGAGCGGAAAGGAGUCCGUACGGGAAAAUAAGAGAAGAAUUAAGUCCAACAAUACGAAAAACUUGGAAUUCAAAUAUUCCCUAGAAAAUACAUCAAAAAUUAAAAAGCUCACGAAAGCAAGCGGACCCAGAAAGAAAACUGGCUGCUGGACUUGCAGACUCCGAAGGAAGAAAUGCAGUGAAGAAAAACCAUCAUGUAGGGAAUGUAUUCGAUUGGGUUUGAAAUGUGAGGGAUAUAUGAAAGAAAGACCUGCAUUUAUGCGAGACCCAUCACUGGCCCGAAGGAUGAAGGAAGAGAUUAAGAAAGUAACUCUUGCUCAAAAAAGAAGGGGAAGCAAGCAAAAAUAUGAGCGGGAGUUGAAGAUGGGACAAACAAAUCCCUUUGAAACCAACACUAGCCGAUUAGAAAGGCAACCAAUGUAA